CGGCACCGGCACCGCCUCCGCCACAGCCCCGGCGCGGCGCGGCGCCGCCAGCGCGCCUGCAUGAGGUUGAUGCUGCUCUGCUGCACCUGGAGGGACGAGCCUAUGGGAGAGGACGAAGGGACCGAGCUGCCGGUGUGUGCGAGCUGCGGGCAGGGAAUCUACGAUGGGCAGUACCUGCAGGCGCUGAAGGCUGACUGGCACGCCGACUGCUUCAGGUGUUGCGAGUGCGGGGCCUCCCUGUCACACCAGUACUACGAGAAGGAUGGGCGCCUGUACUGCAAGAAGGAUUACUGGGCACGCUUCGGGGAGCUGUGCCACGGCUGCUCCGAGCAGAUCACCAAGGGGCUGGUCAUGGUGGCCGGGGAGCAGAAGUACCACCCCGAGUGCUUCAGCUGCCUCAACUGCCGCGCCUUCAUCGGGGACGGGGACACCUACGCGCUGGUGGAGCGCUCCAAGCUCUACUGCGGCCACUGCUACUACCAGAUGGUGGUGACACCGGUGAUCGAGCAGAUCCUGCCAGAGUCGCCGGCCUCCCGCAUCCCCCACACCGUCACCCUCGUGUCCAUCCCCGCCUGCUCCGACGGCAAGCGCGGCUUCUCCGUCUCCAUCGACCAGGGCUGCGGCACCGAGCACCCGCGCACCGUGCGCGUCCGAGAGGUGGACCCGGACUGCAUCAGCCCUGACAUGAAAAACUCCAUCCACGUUGGUGACCGCAUCCUGGAGAUCAACGGGACCCCCAUCGGCCACGUCCCCCUGGAUGAGAUCGACCUGCUGAUCCAGGAGACGAGCCGCCUGCUGCAGCUAACCAUCGAGCACGACCCCCACGAGCCCCUGGGCCAGGAGCCAGGGCUGGCAGACAGCCCCCUGCCUGCCCUGUGCAGCCCCCUGCGCUUGCCAGCCCCCGCGCCCUGCGGGGACCCCGCUGCCAUGCGCCAGCGCGCUGUCACCAGGAGCUGCAGCACGGACAAGUCCCCGGGCUCGGGCUCCGUGGGCUCUCCCGCGUCCCAGCGCAAGGACAUCGGGCGCUCCGAGUCCCUGCGCGUCGUGUCCCGCGCCCACCGCAUCUUCCGCCCCUCAGACCUCAUCCACGGAGAGGUGCUGGGCAAGGGCUGCUUCGGCCAGGCCAUCAAGGUGACGCAUCGGGAGACAGGCGAGGUGAUGGUCAUGAAGGAGCUGAUCCGCUUCGAUGAGGAGACGCAGAGGACCUUCCUCAAGGAGGUGAAGGUGAUGCGCUGCCUGGAGCACCCCAACGUACUCAAAUUCAUCGGGGUGCUCUACAAGGAGAAGAGGCUCAACUUCAUCACAGAGUACAUCAAAGGGGGCACCUUAAGGAGCCUCAUCAAGAACAUGGACAGCCACUACCCCUGGAGCCAGCGGGUCAGCUUUGCCAAGGACAUCGCCGCUGGCAUGGCCUACCUCCACUCCAUGAACAUCAUCCACCGCGACCUCAACUCUCACAACUGCCUCGUGCGGGAGAACAAGAGUGUGGUGGUGGCUGACUUCGGGCUGGCGAGACUGAUGGUGGACGAGAAGAGCCAGCCCGAACAUCUCAAGAACCUGAAGAAACCGGACCGCAAGAAACGCUACACAGUGGUGGGGAACCCCUACUGGAUGGCCCCCGAGAUGAUCAAUGGGAGGAGCUAUGAUGAGAAGGUGGACAUCUUCUCCUUCGGCAUCGUCCUAUGCGAGAUCAUCGGCCGGGUGAGCGCCGACCCCGAUUACCUGCCCCGCACCACCGACUUCGGCCUCAACGUCCGGGGCUUCCUGGAACGCUACUGCCCCCCCGCCUGCCCCCCCAGCUUCUUCCCCAUCGCCGUCUGCUGCUGCGACCUGGACCCCGAGAAGCGGCCGUCCUUCGCCAAGCUGGAGCAGUGGCUGGAGACGCUGCGCAUGCACCUGGAGAUCCACCUGCCGCUGAGCUCGCAGCUGGAGCAGCUGGACCGAGCCUUCGGGGAGACGCACCGGCGGGAGGGGGGACUGCCCGCGGCCCCGUGGUAG